AUGCCGAGGGGCAUCAGGACACUGACGGUUGGGAUCUCCCUGCAGGCCUGCCUGCACAGGCAGUGCCUGGUGCCCAUCAAGACCAACGAUGCCUUAGGAGCCACCUGGAACUGGCUGUACUUCAUUCCCCUCAUCAUCAUUGGAUCCUUCUUUGUCCUGAACCUUGUCCUGGGAGUGCUGUCGGGGGAGUUUGCCAAAGAGCGUGAAAGAGUGGAGAACCGCCGAGCCUUCAUGAAGCUACGGCGCCAGCAGCAGAUCGAGCGGGAGCUCAAUGGCUACCGGGCCUGGAUAGACAAAGCGGAGGAAGUCAUGCUGGCUGAAGAAAACAAAAAUUCUGGGACCUCAGCCUUGGAAGUGCUCAGGCGAGCGACCAUCAAAAGGAACCGGACAGAUGCCAUGAACCGUGACUCGAGUGAUGAACACUGUGUUGAUAUCUCCUCUGUAGGUAACCCCUUGAGUCAUUCUGGCCUCAAAGGCGCCAGAGUGGACGGUGCCUCCUACUUACGGCACAAGGAGCGACUCCUGCGCAUCUCUGUUCGCCACAUGGUGAAAUCCCAGGUCUUCUACUGGAUCGUCUUGAGCCUGGUGGCUCUCAACACUGCCUGUGUGGCCAUCGUCCAUCACAACCAGCCAGCCUGGCUCACCCACUUCCUCUACUAUGCAGAGUUCCUGUUUCUUGGUCUCUUCCUCCUGGAGAUGUCAUUAAAGAUGUACGGGAUGGGGCCACGCCUUUACUUCCAUUCUUCUUUCAAUUGCUUUGACUGUGGGGUCACAGUCGGAAGCAUCUUUGAAGUGGUUUGGGCUAUCUUCAGACCAGGAACCUCUUUUGGGAUCAGUGUCUUGCGAGCCCUUCGUCUCCUGCGAAUAUUUAAAAUAACCAAGUAUUGGGCGUCCCUGAGGAAUUUGGUGGUCUCACUGAUGAGCUCCAUGAAGUCUAUUAUCAGCCUCCUUUUCCUCCUCUUCCUCUUCAUUGUAGUCUUUGCCCUGUUGGGAAUGCAGCUGUUUGGAGGCAGAUUUAACUUCAUUGAUGGGACACCAUCAGCCAACUUUGACACUUUCCCUGCGGCCAUCAUGACAGUUUUCCAGAUACUGACGGGUGAGGACUGGAACGAGGUGAUGUACAAUGGCAUCCGCUCCCAGGGAGGCGUUCGCUCAGGCAUGUGGUCCUCCAUCUAUUUCAUCGUCCUCACCUUGUUUGGAAACUAUACUCUGCUGAAUGUGUUCUUGGCCAUUGCGGUGGACAAUCUGGCCAAUGCUCAGGAGCUCACCAAGGAUGAGCAGGAGGAAGAGGAGGCAUUUAACCAGAAGCACGCCCUUCAGAAAGCCAAAGAAGUCAGCCCCAUGUCUGCCCCAAACAUGCCUGCUAUCGAAAGAGACAGGCGAAGGAGACACCACAUGUCGAUGUGGGAGCCACGCAGCAGCCACCUGAGGGAGCGUCGCCGGCGGCACCACAUGUCAGUGUGGGAGCAGCGCACCAGCCAGCUGCGCCGGCACAUGCAGAUGUCCAGCCAGGAGGGCAUCAACAAGGACGAGCCACCCCUCAUCAACCCCCAUGCCAGCAUCUUCCGCAGGAAGAAACUGGGGGAUGGCGACAGGAGGAGCCCAUCGCCCCGGGCCAAGAGAGACAAGGAGCCAUGGCACCAGAAAUCGUGCCAUGGGAACUGUGAGCUGGGCGAUCAGGAUGGGGCAGGAGGUGGCAUCGAGGACAGGGCGAGGAUGAGGCAGAGCCAGCGGCGCAGCCGGCACCGCAGAGCCCGGAUGGAGGGGAAGGACCCAGCUGGCACCCUGGGGAGCCGCUCAGCCAGCCAGGAGAUGAGUCUGGAGGAGGCCAGCGCCACGGAAGGGGUGCAGGAUGGGGACCAGUGUGGGGACAUUGCUGCAGCAGAGGCGCUGAUUCAGGGGGAGACAGCAGCGAGCGGGGAGCCCAUCAGGACAAAUGGGGUCUCUGCCAGUGAUGCUGAGUUGGUUGGGACCACUGAGGAGGGUGUCCCCCCACAAGUGGCACCUGAGCCCUCCCGGGGGAAGAUGGGCAGCCUCAUGGAGCAGGACUGCAGCAGCCUGGACACCAGUGAGCAAGCGCUGCUGGAGGCCAGCCGCACCAUCAGCCGGAGCGAGCCUGACCUCUCCUCCAUAACCCCCACCACUGAGAAGGCCACGGAGAGCACCACCAUCAUGAUUGAUGUCCACGACUCCACUGUGGUACAGAUUAGCAACAAGACAGAUGGUGAAGCCAGCCCCUUAAAGGAGGCUGAGACCAAAGAGGACGAGGAAGAGAUGGAGAAGAAGAAGCGAAAGAAGGAGAAAAGCGAGACAGGCAAAGCGAUGGUGCCACACAGCUCCAUGUUCAUCUUCAGCACCACCAACCCGGUGCGGAGGGCUUGCCACUACAUCGUGAACCUGCGCUACUUCGAGAUGUGCAUCCUCCUGGUGAUUGCUGCCAGCAGCAUCGCCCUUGCAGCAGAGGAUCCCGUCCUCACCAACUCCGACCGCAACAAAGUCCUGAGGUAUUUUGACUAUGUCUUCACCGGUGUUUUCACCUUUGAGAUGGUUAUCAAGAUGAUUGAUCAGGGCUUGAUCCUGCAGGAUGGCUCCUACUUUCGAGACCUCUGGAACAUCCUGGAUUUCAUCGUUGUGGUGGGAGCACUGGUGGCUUUUGCCUUGGCGAAUGCUUUGGGGACCAACAAGGGCCGGGAUAUCAAGACGAUCAAGUCUCUUCGUGUGCUACGAGUCUUGAGGCCCCUGAAAACUAUCAAGCGACUGCCCAAGCUGAAGGCUGUCUUUGACUGCGUCGUGACUUCUCUCAAGAAUGUCUUCAAUAUCCUCAUCGUCUACAAGCUCUUCAUGUUCAUCUUUGCUGUCAUUGCUGUUCAGCUCUUCAAGGGGAAGUUUUUCUACUGCACUGACAGCUCUAAGGACACGGAGAAGGACUGCAUAGGGAACUAUGUGGACCAUGAGAAGAACAAGAUGGAGGUGAAGUGCCGGGAAUGGAAACGCCAUGAGUUUCACUAUGACAAUAUAAUCUGGGCUUUGCUCACCCUCUUCACAGUCUCCACUGGCGAGGGUUGGCCCCAGGUGCUGCAGCAUUCGGUGGACGUGACAGAGGAGGACCGUGGGCCCAGCCGCAGCAACCGCAUGGAGAUGUCCAUUUUUUAUGUCGUCUAUUUUGUGGUCUUCCCUUUCUUCUUCGUGAACAUUUUCGUGGCUCUCAUCAUUAUUACAUUCCAAGAGCAGGGAGAUAAAAUGAUGGAGGAGUGCAGUCUGGAGAAGAAUGAGAGGGCCUGUAUUGACUUUGCCAUCAGUGCCAAGCCCCUCACGCGGUACAUGCCCCAGAACCGACACACCUUCCAGUACCGAGUCUGGCACUUCGUGGUCUCCCCAUCCUUCGAGUACACCAUCAUGGCCAUGAUAGCGUUGAACACUGUGGUGCUGAUGAUGAAGUACUACUCUGCUCCAUACACCUAUGAGCUGGCCCUGAAGUACCUGAACAUCGCAUUCACCAUGGUGUUCUCCUUAGAGUGUGUCCUCAAGAUCAUAGCUUUCGGCUUCCUGAAUUAUUUUCGGGACACCUGGAACAUAUUUGACUUCAUCACUGUCAUUGGCAGCAUUACAGAGAUCAUCCUGACAGACACCAAGCUGGUGAACACCAGCAGCUUCAACAUGAGCUUCCUAAAGCUCUUCCGGGCUGCUCGGCUCAUCAAGCUGCUGCGCCAGGGUUACACCAUCCGCAUCCUGCUCUGGACAUUUGUGCAGUCCUUCAAGGCCCUCCCCUACGUCUGCCUCUUGAUUGCCAUGCUUUUCUUCAUCUAUGCGAUCAUCGGGAUGCAGGUUUUUGGCAAUAUCAAACUAGAUGAAGAAAGCCACAUUAACCGGCACAACAACUUCCGCAGCUUCCUGGGCUCCCUGAUGCUCCUUUUCAGGAGUGCCACGGGAGAGGCAUGGCAGGAGAUCAUGCUGUCCUGCCUGGAAGGCAAAGGCUGCGAGCCAGACACAACGGCAACGUCUGGGCAGAAUGAGAAUGAGCGCUGUGGCACCGACCUGGCUUAUGUUUACUUCGUCUCCUUCAUUUUCUUCUGCUCUUUCCUGAUGCUCAACCUGUUCGUGGCAGUCAUCAUGGACAAUUUUGAAUACCUGACUCGGGAUUCCUCUAUCCUGGGACCUCACCAUCUAGAUGAGUUUGUCCGGAUCUGGGCAGAGUAUGACAGAGCAGCGUGUGGCCGAAUCCAUUACACUGAGAUGUAUGAAAUGCUGACUCUUAUGUCACCACCGCUAGGCCUCGGCAAGAGAUGUCCUUCAAAAGUGGCCUAUAAGAGACUGGUGAUGAUGAAUAUGCCCGUGGCUGAGGACAUGACGGUCCAUUUUACCUCCACCUUGAUGGCACUGAUACGCACAGCCUUGGACAUCAAAAUUGCCAAAGGUGGUGCAGACUGGCAGCAGUUAGACUCCGAGCUUCAAAAGGAGAUCCUGACUAUUUGGCCUCACCUGUCCCAGAAGAUGCUUGACCUAUUGGUACCCAUGCCAAAAACCUCUGACCUGACUGUUGGCAAAAUAUAUGCAGCCAUGAUGAUCAUGGAUUACUACAAGCAGAGCAAAGCAAAGAAGCAGCGUCAGCAGCUGGAAGAGCAGAAAAAUGCCCCCAUGUUCCAGCGCAUGGAGCCAUCCUCCUUGCCGCAGGAAAUCAUCUCGAAUGCAAAGGCUCUGCCUUACCUCCAGCAAGACACCCUCUCUGGCCUGAGUGGCAGAAGCGGGUUCCCCUCACUGAGCCCGCUCUCACCACAGGAGAUCUUCCAGCUGGCAUGCAUGGAUCCAGCCCAUGGGCAGUUCCAGGAGCACCAGUCUUUGGAGCCAGAGGUUAGGGAAUUUCAAAGAGUGCAGCCCUCUAACCGUGGCAGCUACCUUCCCGUGAACACUCAGGACCACGCUGUCUCUGGGAGGGCCUCCUCCAUGCCUCGUCUCACUGUGGAUCCCCAGGUGGUGACGGACACCAGCUCGAUGCGGCGAUCAUUUUCCACCAUCCGGGACAAGCGCCCCAACAGCUCCUGGUUGGAUGAGUUCUCCAUGGAGCGCAGCAGUGACAACACCUACAAGUCCCGCCGGCGCAGCUACCACUCCUCACUCCAGCUCUCUGCCCGGCGUCUUAACGCUGACUCAGGCCACCGGUCCGAUGGGCAUCGCUCAGGUGGCAGGGAGAGGGGACGAUCCAAAGAGCGCAAGCACUUGCUGUCCCCUGACAUCUCCCGCUGCAAUUCUGAAGAGAGGAGUCCCCAGGCACAAGAUGAGUCACCGGAGCGGCGGCGUGAGUCCCGGUCACCCAGCGAGGGCAGGUCGCAGACACCCAACAGGCAGGGAAUGGGGUCCCUGAGUGAAAGCUCCAUCCCCUCCAUCUCGGACACCAGCACUCCCCGGCGGCCGCCGGUGCCCCCCAAGCCGCGUCCCCUCCUCUCCUACGCCUCCAUGCUGCGGCACACUGGAGAUGCCUCGCCACCUGCCGAGGAGAGUGAGGGAGGGUCUCCGCUCCUCUCCUCCACCCUGGAGCCCAACACCGCCGGCCUGACCGAGUCUUCCAGCUCCCCA